CUUGUACCAAUCACGCCAUUUUGCGUGUUGUGUUUGGAAGGACUUUUACAACGUCUAACCUUGGUGUUUUGAGCAUUUGAACGAUGAUAUUUUUGAAUUGUGCAUAUCUGUGGGUAUUAUUUGCCGUGGUAGAUUCUCACUCGCCACUGACAGAAAAGAGGGCAGAAGAUGGCAUAAGUGUUAAAUCCUCGUGCCAAACAAAUGAAAUUGCCAUUAACAGUCUGCAGAACCAGAUAAACCAAGAAACUUUGAUAAGGAUAUCAUUGCUGAAACAAGUGUAUUCACUGGUCGGUGACAUGAUAAACUUGAAAAAUGAAAUGGCAGCCAUGAAAACCAACACAGAAGAAAUAAGAAAAAGUACCGAUGACCUUUGGCAUGAAGAUAAUAAAAUGUUGAAUAAAAUAGCACAGAUGAAACAGUACCAAAACGAUACAUCUGAAAUAAUAAUAAAUGAGCAACAUGAGCAUGACAAAAUGUUGAGUGAAAUAAAACAGAUGAAAAUUAACCAAAACGACACAUCGGAAAGGAUAAUAAACUACCAGCGUGAAUAUGAAAAGACUCUUAGUGAAAUAGAACAGAAGAUGAAAUUUAACCAUAAUAACACAUCUGAAAGGAUAGUGAAGGCACAGCUUGAAUAUAAAACGAUGUUUAGUAAAUUAGAACAAGACACUGAAUCUAAACAAGAUGACACUUCUGAAAGAAUAGUAAACAUACAGAAUGACAUACUUAAUGUAAAUAAUUCUGUGGGACUUCUCCAUAAUUAUACUGACGAAAUCAAUUCUAAGUACGGCAUCCACGAAAAGACAGUGAGGGAUUUAGUAUCUGAGCUUGGAAAGAUUCAAGGUAGACUGGGUGUCAUGCACAAUAAGAGUGAAAGAAUACGAUCUGAAACACAACGAAUGAUAGUCAACUACAACAAAACCACACUGAAAAUGAGGGAAGACUUAAAAAAUAUCACUUCCAUGGUCAAAGAUCUUGCCAAACGUCAAGUUCAAGAAUGCUUAGAAUCAAGCCACUGUUUGUUGCAGUAUAGCUUUGAGUAUGACGAUAUCUGGAAUGGGUGUGAAGGUGGGCGCCAGUACGUAAAGAAGACAAACUAUUCUACUACUCCUUAUCUCGGUGUGAUAACAUGCAGUUCUACAAGGUAUAUUAUGUUUAUGUUAUUUAUACAUAAUUAUAUCUAA